UUACCCGCGCAGAUGAUCAGCUGAUCAUACUUUCCCGCGGGAGGGUUCCAUAUAUGUAAUACUCCUAUAUUGCUAGAAGAGUGUUGACCGUCAGCCCAAACAUUACGGUGCAGACGUAUAAUAGCCUCUCUCUCGCGAACGGCCCAGCUGAUUUGUGCGCAUGCGGUUACAUUUUUUAAAACACCAUUAGGCGCGAUUUUCACAUAACCUGUUUUCGUGAUUUGUGCGUGUGUGCGACGGUAAACAACGCAUAUUAUAAGCGUCCCAAGUGAGACAAACCAAAGAAAAAAUUUACAAUGGUGCGAAUUUGUUUUUUGUGUCAGAAAAAGGCAGCAAAGGAUGGAAAUUUUGCAAUGCACAAAUUUCCAAAAGAGGUGAGCAUUCGGGCACAGUGGUUACAUGCCUGCAAAUUAUCUGACAAGGACAAUGUGAUACAUGUACACAUUUGCUCCGAUCACUUUGUACCAAGUGAUUAUAAAAAUAGCAUAGGACUGUGUAGCAGAAAGUGGUUAUUGAAACCAGGAGCAGUGCCUUCCGUUAAUGUGCCAAAUCCUCCAGCUGCCGAAUUGCAGUUCCAGUCAACAUCUGAGAUUAUAAUGGACGAGACACGAUUAGUGCCUUCUAUUGAUGUUCCAAAUCCUUCAGCUGCCGAACUGCAGUUCCAGUUAACAUCUGAUUAUACAAUGGACGAGACACAAUCAGUGCCUUCUAUUGAUGUUCCUCCAGAUUUCACAUCAGUUUCAAAUGUAGGAGAACUGGAAUUUUCAACAUCCAAGAAUGUGAUGGAUGAGACACGUCACGAGAAUGAACAGAUGCAUACUCCUCCGAAGAAACGGAGAUUUGCAGAACCUCGGUUCAUAUCAGACAUUGUAAGCUCCGAUUUCUCAACACUGAAAAGGACUCGAAGAGUCAUUGCUAUGGUGAACAAAAUCCAUAAUAAAAAACGUAAUUUGAUCCACAAUCUGCAGAAAAAAAAUCGAGAGCUGUGUAAACGCAUUACCACUUGUUGUGGACAUGAGCGCAAUCUUUAGUUUAUCCUACAUUUCACAAAUUCAAAAAAAUCC